GUAUUGAAAGAUGAUAAUUUCAUCCAAGUCCCUUCUCAGAUUGACAAGAAUAAAGAAAAAAGUAAAAGUGAUGAUGAAAAUGAUGUUCAUAAAAAUGAUUCAGGCUUCAGAAUUCCUGUGGAUGUACCAGUAGAUCAAAAUAAUAUUUUGACUCCUUCACAACCAUGGGAUAUGGUUCAAGAUUCUUUAUAUUCACGAUCAGCUCCUAAUUUAACAUCUCACCUCUCUGAAUGGAUGCAAUCCAGCACUGAUGAGAGUAUGGAUUUAGAAGUGCUCAAGAAGAAAGGGAAAUCAGAAAUGGAUGUUAGUAGUUCUAGAAGUGGCAUAGAAUAUUUUCCAAAUGAUGGAACUUGUGAACUUGGAAGUGACUUGAAUGUUUCUGAUGUAUCUGUGGAGAGCAUGCUAUGGCUUGCUCACAGACUUGGGCCUGUCUUAACUGCCAGAUAUCUCACACGCAAUUUAUUACGUAUGCUGACUUUAUGUUAUGAUAGCUCUGAAAAAAGGGAAGUUGUUUAUAUUCCUCCUGGAAGUAAAGAUGCUAAAAUGUUGAGCAUUAGUGGUAAAUGGCUAAAAGGUGAUAUAAGUGCUUUCAAGGUUUUGGAUUGUUUAUCACGUAUUGCAUCAUUGUACGGUGAACAGUUCAUAAUGCUGCAAUAUAUAAAACAUAUUGCAGAUCUGCUUAAUUUAUGUCGGAAGAAAGUUCCUGCUACACUUGAAUCAGGUCUACAUGGAGCCAUGGCUCUCCUACAGCAUAUUGUCCCAUACUUGUCUGAUGUUACACUUAUGGAUCAUUUGCAGGAUGUUAUCAUUAAAGACAUACUGUACUUUGCAUUGCGAUUGAUAUCUUCCUUGAGAUUGGUAUAUCCUGGUAGCGGAAAAUCUCGCACAAUGAUAACAUUUCGAUUGUUGGAUGUGAUCUAUACUAUCGGUUUGAGAAUUGGACUUGAAAUGACUAGAAAACAUCUGUCUGGUUUGCUUCAAAAGUUCUUUUCCUGUUUUGAUAAAAUUUAUACUGAAGAAUGUGAAUUUAAAGAUUUGAAGCACAUUUUAAAACCUGGGGUAGCAACCAACUGCCCACUGAAGGAACAAGCCUUGGAAGAAAUGAGACAAACAUUUUCACCUGAAAUGGCUUUCCUUGCAUAUAUACCAUUUUCCAAAUUGGCUGGAGGAAUACACAUGGAAAAGACUCUGAAAAAUGAUGACCUUAUCCGUAAUUUGUGUUUGCUGCAUGAUAAAAAUAUGGCAAGUUCCAAUUCAAAAUAUAAUUUUUCUGAUGAAAAAGUUUCAUCUGUCUCAUCUAUAAUGACCCAUCACAGAGAUCAUUCCUUGGGGCAAGAAGAUUCUUUUGUCAGUGGUAUUUUUGGAAAAAAUGUAAAUGUUGUAGGAAACAGACUUGAUGUGCAUUUAGGUGAAGAAAGCCAUCUAGUGACAGCAAUGGGUGAACCGGUUCCAACAGUGGAUUCAGGCAACUCAUUUAAGUUACCAGAUAUACCAAAAUAUGAUAUUAGUUUGAUUAAACGCAAAAUGGGUGACUGUCAAAGGCACUUGAAAGGCAACUGGCUGGCAUACUGGGAACAUGAAACUGGGAGAAGUGAAAAGGAUUACCAUUUUGAUUUCAAGCAAAUCAAGCUACAGACAUUCAUUGGUCAUAGUGGUACUGUAAGAGCAGUUCAAGUACUGGACAAUGAAAAUUCCUUUCUGACAAGCAGUAAAGAUAAAACAGUAAAACUAUGGUCUCUUAGAAGUUGUGGUGAUGGUUCAUCCCUAGUUCCUUGCCAGUGGACUUAUACACAACAUCGGAAGUCAGUAUUUGCGGUAUCAUUUCUAGAUUCUCUGCGUCUUGUUGGAUCCUGUGACAGCACUGUUCAUAUAUGGGACCCUUUCUUAGGUUCUUGCAUUAAGCAGCUAGAGCCCACUAAAGGAAGUCCUAUAACUGUGCUUGCUGCAAUGCCUGCUCCAAGUAUGACUUUCUUGGCUGCUACUACCAACUCUACUGUAAGGUUCUUAGAUGCACGAACUUGCAGAUAUAUGCAUGAAUUUAAAGUGAGUGUUGGUACUACAGGACUGAUUCGUUGUUUGGCUGUUAGUCCAAAUGGUCACUGGUUAGCAGUAGGUCACUCAACUGGUAUGUUGUCUGUACUAGAUGUCAGAACAGGUCUUUUGUUUGGUACCUGGCUUGGACAUGAAGGAGAAGUUUUACAACUCAAAGCAUUUAAUAACUCAUAUUUUGUCACGUCUUCUCUGGAUCAUACUCUCACAGUUUGGAAAUUUGAAGCUACUCAAGCAAAAUGCAGCUUGAAGGGUCCUAUGGAACCGGUGACUAGCCUUUGUUUUUAUGGAAAUGAAGUUAUAUCGGGAACUACUGGUAAUAGGAUUGGAUUGCAUUCUUCGAUUGAUAAAAAGGCCACUUACACUAGUACAAGGUUACGUUCUGAUACUUUUAAAGGCGUCCUUACGGCCAUGGCACUUCUUCCUCUAAACAGAUUGUUACUACUUGGGACUGAUAAUGGAAAUGUAGUUCUUCUGUCUUAGUAUUAGUUUUCAUCUCUUUUUGAGUUCCUAUCAACCUAUUUAAAUUAUGCACUGUAUUAAAAAAACUAUUUUGUUUAUAUAUUUAUAUUUUCAUUAAUUAUUGUCUAUUUAUAUAUGUGCGUAUAUCCAUAUUCUUAACCAAAUCAUUUGUUAAUGUAUGAUAAAAGCUCAUCCAGAUACUGUGAUAAAACAUAUUUUUAAUAUACCUUAUCAAAAUGGUCAUUGAAAGCUAAUUUUGUUGUAAUUCAACAUGAGAAUACAGAAUAUUAGGAAAAAAUAUUGCAUUAAAAAUGAAAGCUGGAUUGCAGAGUGAACAUUAUUAUCUGUAGAGAUAUAUCUAUUCUAUUCUAAACAAUUUAACCAACAGUGUUAUUUCACAUGCAUUUUUUGAUGCAUUUGUGUUCUAAAUAAUUUUAUCAUUAGAGUUACUUCAAAUGCAUUUUAUAUGAAGUAUAAAAUUUUAAUUUAGCAAAGUACUCUAUUGCAGUAUUCCAUAUAAAAGAAGAAAAUUUAACUUCUUGAAUUUGUAUAAUAAAUAUUUAUUAUAAAAUAGUUUAUUAAAAAUUUUGUACUAUAUUUUUCAUUAUAUGAUAAACACUGAGAAUUUCAUAUUUAACUGGUUCAAUAGAGAAGUCAUCACGGUUUAAAACAUUAUUAAAAAAAGGGCGACAUAAAUCCAAUUCCAAAUUUAUUUACUGUCAUACACAACAGUAGUUACCUUUUUUUCGUCAAAUAUCCUGCAGAUGCUUCACCUUUGAGUUCACUUUAAAUAAAGGCUAAUCUAAAAGAUCUGCAGUGCAUGUCAAGUUCCAUAGUUUCAGUGCUUUAAUUUCAUGUAGCCUAUGUUCAAAGACUUCAUCUUUUAGCUAUCUGUAAAUAAAAAAGAAAUCACAAAGGUGAUAAGGUUCCUUACCAGAUCUGUGAUAAAAAAAAAGAGAAAAAAUAAAUUAAAAAUUUAAAAAAAAAAAAAACUAUUAUCAACGUGAAAUGAGGCAUCUUGGAAAUAUUCCUUAUAGAGCUAAUGAACAUUCUUUUACCAAAGAAAUGCAGACUUGAAAAAAAAAGGGGGGCCAGUUCUAUAUCUCCAGUUCUACUCUGCCGAAACCAGAGACCGUUCUAUAUCUCCAGUUCUACUCAUGAAAUUCAACUUCGGUUUUUCAUGUCUCGAAAACGCGACUUAGGAUAUGUAUUAGAUUUAUGUAUAGUGUUGUUCUAACACGUAAGAUCGGACUUUUUCUGAAAUGACAUGACAACUUCUUUGAAUAUUUCAACUGUAUGACUAAAAUUAUGCUAAAAAAUCAAACUUGUAAAGUUUGGCGUGGAACUUUCCAAGUAAUUAUGAAAUAUAGUUUGGCACACUUUUUUCACUUUCCGCCAAGAGUAAUUCACUUUGUGAACUUCUGGGUUUGUGUUAACCGUUUCGCUUUCCUUUUAAUUCUGAACGCACUGAAAAAUGCAGCGUUUCUUCUUUCUUGGAAAUAUUUUUAUUUUGUAUUAUAUGUUUUUUUUUUUUUUUUUUUUUUUUUUUUUGUAUUUAUUUCAUUACAAUUGUUAUUUUUAGAUUUUUUUACAGAAUUUUAUUUUAAUUAUUUGAAGUUGAGGGAUUGAUCUUGAAAUAGUUAUUUAAAAAAAAAAAAAUUAUUUAUAUAUUCACAUUGUGUACUUUAAGCAUGUUUAUUCAUAUAAUUUUUUAACUCUUUUUAUUUACUCGAGUAGCAUUUCUUUUGAAAAUAUAUUUUGUGACCCAAUAUUCGUCAUGAUGUCUCUAAAAACUGCAUUCUGUAUUAAAUUAGAAAUACUGUAAAGUAUGAUUAAUAUGUCUUUCAAUUGGUGAUUAAGAAAAUAUCUACACAUGAGAAAGAUGUAUACCAUAUUUGACAGCAUAUAAGAUGCACUUUUUUUCCUAAAUUUAGUCUCAAAAAAGUUACCUGCGUCUUAUACGUGAAAGACACAGGUUAACUUUCAAUACUGAAUGCUAUUUUUAGCACGGAU